GUGGUGCAGCUGCAAAAGCUGCUAGCGGAGAGGGAUGCGGAGCUGUUUGCGUUGCGGGCGCAGCUGGCAGAGUUGCAGCCGACAGAAAUUGCAGACAUGGUGAAGGAGGGACCUGCUGCGGGGCCUGUGGGCCAGUUUGCUAUGACGGCAACGGCUCGACCAGUCAGCUCGAUGGCGAGCAGCAGCAGUAACGUCGACGGUGUAGUGGGGGCGGCAACGACGGGGUUGGGAAUACUUGCGCCAUCUCCAAGCGGUGCAAUGUCCCGGGAUUCGGCGGUGCUAGCUGACGGAAGCCCCUCAGCACCGACGGCGGCCGCAGCAUUGACGCCUGACCGGGGGGCUGGGCGGUCUGCGGACCGCACAGGCAAUGCCGAGCCGGCAUUGGCGAACGGGCAGGACGGCCAGCGGGCUGAGGGCUCGUUAUCGCCCUCCAAUCCGGCAGCUGCAGCUGCGGCGGCUGUGCGCCGCAUGCAGUCUCUAGCAGCCAGCCAUGACGCGCCAACGUUGCUUCACCCUGGUUCGGUGCCGGCAAGGCCAGUGAGCACGGGGCCGACGGUCUCCGGUGCCACGGUUGCGGUUGGGGCUGGAUCAGCUCCUGCGGCUGCGGCGGCACGGGGACUGGCCACCGUGGGGUCUGUACCGCAGCGAACGUCGGGAGUGCAUGGUGGCCCGGAUCCGCCAGUAGGUAUCCACUCGCAGGCGGUUGGCACCUCGCAGCAGGCGGUGGUCGGUGCUACUGCUGGGGCGCCGACGACAGGACCUUCUAGCGACGGGCACAUAGCGGCCGCGGCCGCGCCCGGCGUCAUGAUGCAGCGCUCUACGUCGGCGACGUUACCGGCAGCAGUAACUGGUACAAGUACUGCUGCAACAACAGCCGCAGGGCAGUACGUGCCGCUCGCACAGCAUCACCUUGUUGGGACGACGGCAACGGCCAACGGCCGGCCACGGCCGCAGGGCGUGGACACGGCACCGGGGCCAAGCAGCACGGCCGCUCUGACCACGACGAGCAGCAAACCGACAUCGUACAUGCAGACGUCAUCGGCAGGGGCGUCGGUGGCCACGGUAGGUGCAACAUCGAACGGCAUUGGCGGCGUGUUGCAUGCAGCGGCGCAAAGCUUGCAAGACGGAUUGCCCUCGUACCGGAACGCUGCAGCCGGCGUGCUGUCCACAGGGCAGCCGGGGGCAGGCGGACAUGCGUUGCCAACGUCCGCAGCUGCCGCUGCGGCGAACAUGGUGCCGGGGCCAGGGGCACCCAUGCUGCCAGUUAGUCCGAGCGCCGCUGCAGCGGCGGGGACAGCUGCCAGCGGGGCACAUAAGCGCGUGGAGGAUGGGUCAUCUGCAGUCGCCAGGGCGGCGGCGGCGGCUCGCCACAUGGCUCAUCCGGUUGCGGCGGCAACAGCAUCUUCCACAGAUGGGGCGUUCAGCGCGCAGAGCGCGCGCAUCAUGAUGCAGCAAGCCCAGCGCGCGAGCCUGGCAUUUAACACACCCCCAGCCGUCUCGUCGGCUAAGCGGAUGGCUGCGUCAACGCAGUUGGAUAGCCCUGGGCUCGAGGACUUCGCCCACAUCGGUUUAAUCGAUGACUUGCUAACCGAGUAA